AUGUUGUCCAGAAGAUUCAUCUCUACUAGCAGGAAACCAUUUGCAUUUGCGUUUGAUAUUGAUGGUGUGUUGCUCAGAAGUAAGAGCCCUAUUCCUGGUGCUUCUGAGGGUCUUAAGCUGCUACACAAACAUAAAGUUCCCUUUAUCCUGUUGACCAAUGGUGGUGGUCACUUGGAGAAGGAUAGGACAUCGUUUAUCUCUGAUGCUUUGGAUGUCCCUAUUUCGCCUGCACAAAUAGUGCAAAGUCACACACCUUAUAAGUCCUUGACAUCCAAAUUUAACAAGAUCCUUGCUGUGGGGACGCCAUCUGUUAGAAAAGUAGCUGAGAGUUAUGGUUUCAAAGAUGUUGUCCACCAAACAGACAUCAUAAGAUAUGACAGAAGUAUCACACCCUUUUCGGGCCUAAAUGACCAACAAUUACAAGAAUACUCCAAGGAUAAGGCUAAUUUGGAGGAAAAACCGUUUGAUGCAGUGCUGGUGUUCAAUGAUCCUCACGACUGGGCAGCAGACUUGCAAAUUAUCAACGAUCUAUUAAUUACGCAAAAUGGUAAACUUGGAACCUUAAGAGACUCACCAUCACAAAAGCCAUCUAUUCCUAUCUAUUUUUCUAACCAAGAUUUACUAUGGGCCAAUGCCUACAAAUUGAAUAGAUUUGGUCAAGGAGCUUUCAGGUUCUUAGUACGUGAACUAUAUAGUAAGAUGAAUGAUGGAAUGGCAUUAGAAGAUAUGUGUUUAGGUAAACCAACAAAAUUAACUUAUGAUUUUGCACAUCAUGUUCUAAUUGAUUGGAACAAAAAACUUGAAGCAGGUCAAACUGAUUCUUCUGAAAUCAAUUUACCCCAAUUAGGAACUCCAGUAUCAGAAUCACCAUUCACCGAUGUCUUUAUGGUUGGUGAUAAUCCUGCAAGUGACAUAAUUGGUGCGCAGAAUUACGGUUGGUCAAGCUUCCUUGUCAAGACUGGUGUUUAUAGAGAGGGUGACAAUCUGAAGCAUGUUAAGCCAACUCACAUUGUAAAAGAUGUUAGGGUUGCUGUGGAAACAGUUCUAGAAAAAUAUCUAUAA